GACCUCCAAACCCCUGUUUUGGAUUGACUUACAUGCAAGAAAAGCACAAUAGUACCCUUCCAAUCCCUCUUUAAAUUCUCUCUCUCUCUCUUUCUCAAACUACUCUUCUUUCUAACAUGAAUCUUCUCCUCCAAUCACUUUUCUUCUUGAGUCUCUCUUCGAUUGUCGCUUUCGCCCACGAAUCCCACCCUCUACCAAGACCCUUGAUUGUCGAAUACCCCGAAAAGGCCCAUGCAGACGGAGGAGGAGAUGAAGAGGAGGCCCGGAUGCGGUGCACGAGCUGGCGGAUUGCGGUUGAGGCCAACAACCUGAAGCCGUGGAAGACAAUCCCGCCAGAAUGCGCAGGCUACGUGAAGGAUUAUAUGAUGAACAGGGGCUAUGGUUUUGAUUUGGAAAUGGUGGCGAAGGAGGCUGUGGACUAUGCGAGGAGUGUCGAGUUGGGAGAUGACGGGAAGGAUGUUUGGAUUUUUGAUGUGGAUGAGACGCUGCUCUCGAAUCUCCCGUACUAUGUUGAUCAUGGAUUCGGUUUGGAAGUUUUUGAUGGGCACCAGUUUGAUAUAUGGGUGGGCAAGGCAAUGGCCCCUGUGAUAGAGUCCAGUUUGAAGCUGUACAAUGAGGUUGUUGCAUUGGGGUUCAAGGUUUUCUUGUUGACUGGAAGAAGCGAAUUGCAGAGGAGUGUUACUGUUGAUAAUCUAAGGAACGCCGGAUUUCAGAACUGGGACAAGCUUAUAUUGAGGGGCGAUGGUGACCACAGGAAACCCGCGAUUCUGUACAAAUCAGAGAGGCGAGAAGAGAUGGCGAAAGAGGGAUAUAGGAUUCUUGGGAACUCUGGAGACCAAUGGAGUGACUUACUGGGUUCCUUUGUGAGCAACCGCUCAUUUAAGCUUCCAAAUCCCAUGUAUUAUAUUGCUUGAUGGGCUGAAUUUCAUUGCUCGCAAUAAUCACACUUCUAUACCAGUUUGUAAUUGUACAA